UGGCACGGCAAAACCAGACUUGAGUCCCCCGAACUAGAAAUUCUGAGUGGAUCCAGAUCCGAUUCCGAGAAGUCGAAGCACUGCUACUCCAAAGCCUAAUGAAGAAGACGAAGCUCGGCAGUUGUUAAUUUCUCAUCCACAGCUACAUUUGUUGUGGUCUUGCGCAACAGAUCUGUGUUUCCUUCACUUAUUCACACUGCAACUGAACAGCCAAUUCGCAUAUCAACCAGUUCGGAGCUCCGACAAUGGAGUCUGAAGGUGCAGCGGAGGGGACGUCACCGGUCCCUAGCCUUCUUCCUCUCGCCUCUGACUCCCAGCAGCCCUAUGUCUCUGAGCUCCUCUCGUUCACCCUGGAUCGUCUUCAUAAGGAACCAGAGCUGCUUCGGGUUGAUGCGGAGCGGAUUCGGAGGCAAAUGCAAGAGGUGGCGGUGGGUAAUUACCGAGCGUUCAUAUCUGCUGCCGACGCCUUGCUUGCUAUUCGUGACGAAGUCUCUUCUAUCGACAAGCAUCUUGAAACUCUGAUUAAUGAGGUUCCAAAACUGACAUCUGGAUGCACUGAGUUCAUAGAAUCUGCAGAGCAAAUUUUGGAGAAGAGGAAGAUGAAUCAAACAAUGCUAGCCAAUCAAAGCACUUUGCUUGAUUUGCUGGAAAUUCCUCAAUUGAUGGACACAUGUGUAAGGAAUGGGAAUUAUGAUGAAGCUUUAGAUUUGGAAGCAUUUGUUUGUAAACUCUCAACGAUGCAUCCAAAGCUGCCUGUUAUUCAAGCAUUGGCUGCAGAAGUUAGGCAGAUCACCCAAUCUCUUCUUUCACAACUUCUUCAAAAACUUCGAUCUAAUAUUCAGUUACCUGAAUGUCUCCGCAUUAUUGGAUAUUUGCGCCGGAUAGGAGUAUUUAGUGAGUAUGAAAUGCGAUUGCAGUUCUUGAGAUGCCGAGAGGCAUGGCUUACAGCUAUACUUGAGGAUCUGGAUCAGACAAAUCCAUAUGAAUACUUGAAAGGGAUGAUUAACUGUCACCGAAUGCAUCUAUUUGAUGUUGUCAAUCAAUAUCGAGCAAUAUUUGCUGAUGACACAUCAGGAAGUGAGGAAAAUUAUGAUGGUGGGCUUUUGUUUAGUUGGGCAAUGCACCAAAUUACAUCGCACCUCCAUACUCUGAAAGUUAUGCUUCCUAAGAUAACUGAAGGUGGAUCACUAUCAAAUAUUUUGGAUCAAUGCAUGUACUGUGCUAUGGGACUUGGUUGGGUUGGACUGGAUUUUCGGGGCUUACUUCCAUCACUUUUUGAAGAGGCAGUUCUUAACUUAUUCUCAAAAAAUAUGCAUACAGCAGUUGAGAAUUUUCAGCUGGUCUUGGAUUCACAUCGAUGGGUUCCCCUGCCAGCAGUUGGCUUUCCCGCAAAUACUGUUGGUGAAGAAACUCAGGAGGACGUCACUCCACCCUCUUAUUUGAUGGAACACCCACCUCUUGCUGUUUUUAUUAAUGGUGUAUCAGCGGCAAUGAAUGAACUGCGCCCCUGUGCCCCUCUAAGUUUGAAUCAUGUCCUUGCCCAAGAGGUGAUUAAGGGACUACAAGUUGUUUCAGACUCUUUGCUGAGAUACAAUGCCACUCGGGUACUCAGAGAAAAUGAGUCAGGACUUUUCCUCUCACUCUGUCGGGCAUUUGUAGAGGUUGCUUUUCCACAUUGUGCUACUUGUUUUGGGCGUUGUUAUCCUGGUGGAGCUGCUCUUAUCAUGGACGCAAAGAACGUUUAUGACGGAAUUAGCCGCCUAUUAGCUACCUCUUCCGCAAGGGAACUCCCAAAACCAGUGAAUAAUGGGGAACUGAAGAUCGCAACUGAGAAUGGGAACCUGCGAGCGGUGGAAAAUGGAGAAGCACCCGAAGCUGAACAAACUGAAGGUGAAGGCGCCAAUGCUGAUGAGGAGAACAAAAGCUCUGCUCUGCAGGCAGAUAUUACAGACACUAAUAUUGAAAAGACGACAUGAAUUGCCAAAAUUUUAGUAGUUCUAGUUGUAUUUUUUCCCCGGCAAAACUAUUGGGUUAUUUCUUUGUUUUAUCCCAAUACUCGUUUAAAUUGGGUCUGUAACUACUUUGUUGAAUAAUCUCAUACGAAUAGUUUAUAUACAAAGGAUUGUGUUGGAAGAAAGA